GUCGUCAUCAGCUAUGGGCCGACUGCUUAUGAUUGCUCCUGUUCUCUUGGUUCAUUCAAUUUGGUUUUGUUCUCACAAAAACCAGCAAACACUUGUCCUAAAUAGUUUCUGCUGGAUCAAUUGUCUGCCAUUUCCACGUUAUAAAAUUAGACUAAACUCUUCUACUAGUUCCUACGACCUGCUGAUUACAAAUGUCACUGAUUCUGAUGAAUGCGUUUACUACUGUGGAACUACUAAGAAGAAAGAGGGUAAAAACAGAAAGCUUACACCAAGAGACAGGCAGCUCCAUGUCAUCAUGGAUGGACUUCACAUCACUGUGGUGAUUCUUCUGGGAUUUUCUUCCAGUAGCUAUGGUCAAACUUUUGUGUCAGAAAAGGAGGUGACAGCAAACCCUGGAGACAAUGUAACCCUUCACUGUGAUUGCAAAUUGUCAACAGGUGUACUCACAGUGUGGUUCAGGAACUGUUCCCAUGAGAACCAGCCAACCUUUGUUCUUGGAUAUGAUGAAAUAAAUUUUGAUUAUUUAUUUCCCUCUCGAUUUGACUUUGUAAAGAACUUUUCCUCCAACUCUUAUGACCUGCUGAUCACCAAUGUGUCUCAUUCUGAUGAAGGCAUUUACUACUGUGGAAAUCAUCAAAUUAAAGUGGAGCAGAAAGAAAAGAUUACUGGGAAAAAUACUUACACAUUCAGCAACAAGACAACGAGACUCACCAUCAAGCCCAGUCGGCUUCAUGUCGACGUAAAUAAGACGCAGCAGCACUGUGAUGUGGACCACCGCGAUGUGGACUGGAAACUCCUCUUCUUUCCGUGCCUGUCUGUGGCUUUUGUUUCUUCUCUCCUCUCCUCUCUUCUGAAAUCUUCUUCUAGUUCCUACGACCUGUUGAUUACAAAUGUCACUGAUUCUGAUAAAAGCUACUACUACUGUAGAACUAAUAAGAAGAAAGAGGGAAAAAAUGGAAAGAGAGACAGGUACAGCAACGUCACAACAAGGCUCACAAUCAGAGUUUUUUCCAGCAGUUAUGGUCAGACUUUUGUGUCAGAAAAGGAGGUGACAGCAAACCCUGGAGACAAUGUAACCCUUCACUGUGAUUGUAAAUUGUCAACAGGUGUACUCACAGUGUGGUUCAGGAACUGUUCCCAUGAGAACCAGCCAACAUUUGUUCUUAAAAAAUUUUUUCAUUCUUUCAAGGACCAUUUCUUUCCCUCUCGAUUUGACUUUGUAAAGAACCUUUCCUCUAACUCUUAUGACCUGCUGAUCACAAAUGUCUCUCAUUCUGAUGAAGGCAUUUACUACUGUGGAAAUUAUCAAAUGAAAGUGGAGCUAAAAGAAAAGAUUACUGGGAAAUAUACUUACACAUUCAGCAACAAGACAACGAGACUCACCAUCAGUAAGAUCCGAUCCAAACUGGACUCUGCAGGAUUGCAGCCUCUGCUGGACGUUACUCUUGUCUUUGUGUCCAGCUGUUUCUGUCGUCUCGGCGCUCCUCUCUCUUUUAGUUUGCCGGCUUUGCCAGGAAACAGGUACCUGUUU